AUGAAUUCUGAUACAAAGGAGCAUGUUGUUCCGUACUCCAUAUUCGAACAUUACGACAGACUUGUGCUUUCUAUAGUGCUUUCCCUAAUCGGCGUGUGGAGUUCUAUAUCGGGUACGAUUCACGUACCUGCGCUUCCCACUUUGGAAAAAUAUUUUGGUGUUAGCUCCUCGGAAAUCAAUAUCUCGGUGGUGACAUACUCGAUUUUCCAAGGUAUAACUCCUUCAUUCACACUGACAUUUGCAGAUGCCUUUGGUCGACGGCCGGUUAUCUUAUUAUCUAUUAUUUGCUACACUGCAGUUUGUAUUGCAAUCUCGCAAAUUAAAGCUUUUUGGCUUCUUUUGUUCCUUCGAUGUCUUCAGGCAGCUAGCAUUGCACCAGUAAUAGCCAUUAAUCUGGGAAUUGCUGGAGAUAUUUGCACACCAGCAAACCGAGGAGGAUUUGUGGGAGUUGUCAGUGGCACACUUUUGGUCGGAAAUGGGUUUGGUGGACUCAUUGGUUCGGCUUUGUUACAAAGAUUUGGUUGGAGAGGAAUAUUUGAAUUCUUGGCUAUUGGUAGUGGGGUAACUUUUGUGCUUGCAUUUUUUAUUUUGCCUGAAACUCAUCGUUCCGUAGCUGGAAAUGGUCUGAUCACUCCCAAACACUUUGUGCAUCGUCUGCCGUAUAUCAAAUUACCACAUUUCCAAAAAAAAAUGGACCAAGAUAUGUCUACAUUAAGACCAAAAGUCCCAUUAAAUUUUUUGGAUCCGUUCAAGAUUCUUAUAGACAAACAGGUGCUUUCUGUUUUGGUGCCAGUGGGACUCCAGUACGCUAGUUGGUUCAUGGCAUUGACAUCCAUAUCGUCUAUGGAAAAGGCUCCUUACAAUUACUCCAUUAUUCAUGUGGGUUUGGUCUAUCUUCCUCAAGGUAUCUUCUGCUUAAUUGGUCCAUUCUUGACCGGUUACCUACUCAAUGCCUACUACAGAAGGUGCCAUGCCCAAUACGAAAAAAAAUACGGCUCACUUCCCAAAAGUGAACGUCCUCCAUUCAAUAUUUAUAUGACAAGAUUAGCCAUCUGUCUUCCCUUAGCAUUAUUAAUCAUCGUGGGCUUGCUUAUCUUUGGCUGGUGUCUUCAUUUCCACAUGAACGUUGCAUCUAUCAUCAUUUCAAGUAUUUUGAUCUCAUUUGCAGCUGCAUCUUUUCAAUCUGCUGCUACAACUUUAUUGGUGGAUUUAUACCCUGGAAAAGGUUCCACACUGACAAGUUGCAUGAACUUGGUUCGUUGUCUUCUUGGAGCAUUAUUCGUCGGUGUUCUUGAUAAAAUGACCAAAUCCAUGGGUUUGGGCGGAUGCUACACAUUUAUGGCAGCACUUUGUCUUUUAUCAAAUGUACUGCUCGUCUACAUGGCUAUGACAAUUUCCAAGGAAUUGAAACAUUCACCAACACAAACACCACACCUGACCGAUAGCGAGUCCACAGCAUAA